CCUCCUAUGGCUACCCUGUUUACUGUUUCUAUGGUAACGGCGCUGUUAACUUUAGUGAGAGAAGUCUCUUCAGAGGCUAAAUUGAUUAAAUUGACAUUAGCUAUUAACCGACUAACCACCAGAAGAUAUUGAAUGAAACGAAAAGUGGCUUGUUCCCAGAGAUGGCUACCUCUCCCGGAGUUUUCAAAGCCACGGCGGUGAAGGGCAUGCCAAAGUUUCCGGUCCUGCCCCCGAUUAAAGAAACGCAGCAGCGGGGUGAGGCUGGACAGACCGGUGCAGCAAAGGAGGAUAUGGUGGAGAAGAUAACGGUUCACAAGAAACUGCUGAGGCACAGAAGGAGUAAAGUGCAACAAGAACAACUCCACAUGAUAUUGGUGUCUAGAGCAAUGAAGGCUUACAGACGGAGCAAAGAGAUGGGGGCAGUGCCUAACCAGUCAACAGAGCCACAGCUGCCGCCUUCUAUGCUUAGUGAGGAGCGGAAGCGUAGGAUGAACUACAUGUUCCUGAAGCGGUGUGUAGAGAGCCGCCCAUUCGCUCCAAUCCAGCAACAGUGGUUGGAUGCCAUUGUUGCCAGAGUCCUGCCUAAACUCAAAGAGAGCCCUGAGUCAAAUAAACUACUACAGGAGCUCUGCAAGGAAGUCAGCGACGACUUCCACAAUGUGAUUGUCAAGCACACAGUGGACACAGUACUAAAGAAUCCACAGAAAGAAGGAGCUAUUUCAGAAGAACAGACAGCUACCCUGCCAAAAACUCUUGAUUUCUCCCAACCUUGGCAUGAUCACUUUAUCAGAAGCCGCAAGAUGAUAAAAACAAACUUGCACAUUCUUCAUCCAGUAAUGCAAACUGUCUUGGAUAUUGGCUACAUGACAUUUUCUCCACUGGCCCUGGUUGAUCUUUCAGGAUGCAGGGCUUUAGGACCUGUGGAUUGUAAGGCCCUGCUGAACAAAAUGGCUGUGGAGUGUAAGAGGACAGAAGAUCGUAUUAUGAAUACCUGGUUUCCAAAAGUCAUCCACUUAUUAACAAGUAAAGAAACACUGAAGGGAGUUAAAGAGGAGAAAUUGGACUCAUUCUAUGACUGUGCAUCCACCCUCAUCUCCAAUCAGUUGAAAUCCCUGCUUCAGACAAGUGUAGAGGAGUUUGUCAAUCUGUUUGAUCCAAGCAAUCACCAUCACUUGCCCGUCUUUCGUAUGGCCUUGACAUUUGAUGAUGAAAAGAUGGAAAUUUAUCCCACCUUACAAGAUCUGGAAGCUGCUGUUUUUGAGAUUCUUAAUGCAAUCACAAAUACACUGCAGAAAGUACAGACGGUCCAGUCAUGGCUGGCACAAACCACAUCUUCGUUUGUGGAUGCCAAGGUGGCUGAUCACAUCCUUGCUUGGGCUCAGGUCACUGUGAAAACCUCUGUGUACAAGAAUCUAGAGGAAGCUGACAAACAUUUCCAGAACUAUGUAGACAGCUAUGACUGGCUAGUCAAUGGAACUGCACAGGCUAGAGUAGAGAAGUUCAUGGAAGAAGAGCACUCUUUUGAUGAGUACGCUAAGCAAGUGGAGGAGUUUCGUGUUCUGUCAAAGGAGAUUGUCAGCCUCCCAGCAAAAGCCCACUUCACAAUGGUCCAUCUGGACUGUGAAGAGCUGAAACAGGGGCUGGCCAACAAAGCCAAAAACUAUGCUGAAAAACUUCUGAAGAAACUGAUCACCAGCCACCGUGAGCAAAAUCUACAGAUCUGCUCUGAAUUUGAAACCAUCAGAGGGAAGGCUCUGAAAGUACCAGAGAAUACAGAGGACAUGAUUCAGAUCAUUGAUUACAUAAAUUUCACUAAGACAAAGGGUAUUGCAAAACUUAAUGAAAAAACAAAGGAAGCCUACUGUAGACUAAUCUACCUCCUGGAUGUCCACAACAUUGAGCCAGAGGAUCUGGAGCUUAAUUCAACUGUCUUUCUCUGGCCACAGAAAAUCCUCCAUGUCUUUGAGCUCAGUGAUGAAGUGAUGGAUAAGGCCAUGCUGAAAGGGGAGAAGGAGCUGCAUGCUAAAAGAGAAAGAUUAAUGGUACAGCUGGAAAAGUUGGGACGCAGGAUAGAGGAGUUCCCACAUUGCUCAGAGCUGGGUAUGAUGCAGCAGUAUGUAACGGAUGUCAGAACAGUUCAGAAACUUCUCCAGGAGGCUGAGGAGGCGAUCGACUUUAUAAACAAAGAAGAGGCCUUUUACAAAUGUGACCAAACAUGUUACCCAGAAGUUGAGGUCAUCAAAGACGGUAUUGAACCGUAUCAGAAGCUGUUUGGAUUUGUAAUGAAGUGGCAGCGCACAGAGAAGAGAUGGAUGGACGGUUCCUUCCAGGACCUAGAUGGCGAGAGCAUGGAAGUAAAAGUGGAUGAGUUCUUUAGGGAGAUCUUCAAGAUGCUGAAGUUUUUCCAACAGAAACAGAAUAAGGCUGAGCAAGAGAUGGAAAAGAUUGCUGGGAAGACUACACAACGACCUAGUGAGGGCGAUCCAAGGAAGCAGGAAAGCCCCACAAUACUUUUGUGCUCCACCGUAAUGGAGCAGAUCAAAAAGUUCAAGGAUCAUAUCCCUGUAGUGUCCAUCUUGUGUAAUCCAGGCAUCAGAGCUCGCCACUGGGACCACAUGUCAGAGAUAGUUGGGUAUGACCUCACUCCUGACUCUGGUUCAACACUACGCAAAGUUCUCAAACAAAACCUGACUCCCUACCUGGAAGAGUUUGAGUCUAUCAGCGCUGCUGCUAGUAAAGAGUUUUCCCUGGAGAAGGCUAUGCAAACUAUGGUGCAUAUUUGGGAUGGCAUUUCUUUCCACCAUCAACCUUACAGGGAGACCGGAGUGUCCAUCCUGACUGCUUUGGAUGAGAUUCAGACAAUGCUAGAUGACCAGAUUGUGAAGACUCAGACAAUGAGGGGCUCACCGUUCAUUAAACCCUUUGAAAAUGAGAUCAAGCUAUGGGAGGAGCGUCUGCUUCGUAUCCAGGAAACCAUAGAUGAAUGGUUGAAGGUGCAGGCCCAGUGGCUUUAUCUGGAGCCCAUCUUCUCUUCUCAAGACAUCAUGCAGCAGAUUCCAGAAGAGGGACGACUUUUCCAAACUGUAGACAAAAACUGGAAAGAGGUCAUGAGGCACUGCGUUAAGGACCCUAAGAUUCUGCAAGCAACCUCGCUGCCUGGUUUGCUAGAGAAACUGCAAAAUUCUAACAACCUCCUGGAUAGCAUCAUGAAAGGACUGAAUGCCUAUCUGGAGAAGAAGCGUCUUUUUUUCCCACGGUUCUUCUUCUUGUCCAAUGAUGAAAUGCUGGAGAUUCUAUCUGAGACCAAGGACCCACUGCGAGUGCAGCCCCAUCUGAAGAAGUGCUUUGAGGGUAUUUCCAAACUGGACUUUCUACCCAAUCUGGAUAUCCAGGCCAUGUAUAGUGGUGAGGGGGAGCGUGUUCAGCUAAUCCAGCACAUCUCUACAUCUGAAGCCAAAGGAGCAGUGGAGAAGUGGCUGGUGCAGGUGGAGGAUGUGAUGCUUCGCAGUAUCAGAGAUGUAGUAGCCCGGUCCAGGGUGGCCUAUGCUGAGACUGCACGGAGCCAGUGGGUCAAGGAGUGGCCUGGGCAGGUAGUGCUUUGCACCUCCCAGAUUUUCUGGACCUCGGAGGUUCAUGAAGCCAUCAGAGCAGGAGCUGAUGGUCUAAAGAAUUACUAUCAGCAACUCCAGAAUCAGCUGAAGGACAUUGUGGAGCUGGUGAGAGGGAAACUGCCCAAACAAACACGGAUCACUUUGGGAGCGCUGGUCACAAUUGAUGUCCAUGCCAGAGAUGUGGUCAUGGAGCUUAUUGAUAAAGGUGUAUCAAAUGAAACAGACUUCCAAUGGCUAGCCCAGCUGCGUUACUACUGGAGCAAUGACAAUGUUCGUGUCCGCAUUAUCAACUGUGAUGUUAAGUAUGCCUAUGAGUACCUGGGGAACUCACCACGUCUCGUCAUCACUCCGCUGACUGACAGAUGCUACAGAACCCUGAUUGGGGCUUUCUACCUGAAUUUGGGUGGUGCUCCUGAAGGUCCAGCUGGAACAGGAAAGACCGAAACCACCAAAGAUCUAGCCAAAGCUCUAGCUGUGCAGUGUGUGGUCUUCAACUGUUCUGAUGGACUAGAUUACCUCGCUAUGGGCAAAUUUUUUAAAGGUCUGGCUUCAUCUGGUGCGUGGGCAUGCUUUGAUGAGUUUAACCGUAUUGAGCUGGAGGUGCUGUCUGUAGUAGCCCAGCAGGUUCUCUGCAUCCAGAGGGCCAUCGAGCUGAAGUUGGAGUACUUUGACUUCGAAGGGACCAUGCUCAAACUGAAUCCCAACUGUUUUGUAUCCAUUACAAUGAACCCUGGUUAUGCAGGACGCUCAGAACUCCCAGACAACCUCAAGGUGUUGUUCCGAACAGUCGCCAUGAUGGUCCCAAACUACGCACUGAUAGCAGAGAUCUCUCUGUAUUCAUAUGGCUUCCUCAAUGCCAAACCACUGUCAGUAAAGAUUGUGAUGACAUACAGGCUCUGUUCAGAGCAGCUCUCCUCCCAAUUCCAUUAUGAUUACGGCAUGAGGGCAGUCAAAGCUGUACUUGUGGCUGCAGGAAACCUCAAGCUCAAGUAUCCUGAUGAAAAUGAGGACAUACUGCUCCUGAGGUCCAUAAAAGAUGUUAAUGAGCCCAAGUUUCUCUCCCAUGAUAUUCCGCUGUUCAAUGGAAUCACCAGUGAUUUGUUCCCAGGCAUCUCCCUUCCUGAGGCUGACUAUCAGCUGUUUCUGGAGGCGGCUCAAGAGUGCUGUAAAAAUCACAAUGUACAGCCAACACAGGUCUUCUUACAGAAGAUAAUCCAGACAUAUGAGAUGAUGAUAGUCAGGCAUGGGUUCAUGCUGGUGGGAGAGCCUUUCGCUGGGAAGACCAAAGUGCUACAUGUUCUAGCUGACACACUAACUCUCAUGAAUGAGAAAGGGUACGGUGAGGAGGAGAAGGUCAUCUUCAGGACACUGAACCCAAAGUCGAUCACCAUGGGACAGCUCUUUGGACAGUUUGACCUAGUUUCUCAUGAGUGGACAGAUGGGAUUGUGGCCAACACAUUUCGUGAGUUUGCUUCGGCCGGCACACCAGAACGUAAAUGGGUGGUGUUUGAUGGUCCCAUUGAUACACUGUGGAUUGAGAGCAUGAACACUGUGCUGGAUGACAACAAAAAGUUGUGCCUGAUGAGUGGGGAGAUCAUCCAGAUGUCUAAUCAGAUGAGUCUGAUUUUUGAAGCAAUGGAUUUAUCACAGGCCUCGCCUGCCACAGUCAGUCGAUGUGGGAUGAUUUACAUGGAACCGUCUCAGUUGGGCUGGGAGCCCUUAGUGAUCUCCUGGAUGAACACUCUUCCUGAUGCUCUGCAGAGCCCGGACAAUCGCUCCCUGUUGCUGGAGCUCUUCCAUUGGCUCCUGCCGCCUACCCAUAGGAUGCUACGUAAAUGUUGCAGAGAAGUUGUUUCCACUAGCAACAGUAACACUGUGGUGUCCUUGUGUCGACUGUUUGAGAUGCUGCUCACUGAACCUGUAAAGACAGAUCCUGGGGAUAAAAAUAUUCGCACCUGGAUCAUGGCAGCUUUUGCCUUCUCCCUGGUGUGGUCUAUGGGUGGCAGCUGUGACGCAGGCAGCAGGGAGAAGUUUAGUGAGUUCUUCAGGGUGACUGUGUCAGGGAAGACAGAAGAACAUCCUAUCCCUGCCACUGUGGGGAAAUGGGAGUGUCCAAUGGAUGAAAAAGGCCUGGUGUAUGACUAUUUCUAUGAGUUUAAAGGAAAAGGCCGCUGGGUUCACUGGAAUGAUUCCAUCAAGAAUGUCAGCCUGGGGGACAAAAACACUAAAGUGCAAGAGAUCAUUGUUCCAACCAUAGACACAGUUCGCUACACCUACCUCAUGGACCUCUGCAUCAGCUACGGCGUGCCUCUCCUGUUUGUUGGUCCUACUGGCACUGGGAAGUCAGUGUAUGUGAAGGAGAAGUUGAUAAACAAUCUGGACAAAGAUCGUUAUCUACCCUUCUUUAUCAAUUUUUCAGCUCGCACUAGCGCCAACCAAACUCAGAACAUCAUCAUGUCCAGGUUAGAUAAGAGAAGGAAGGGAGUGUAUGGGCCCCCCAUGGGAAAGAAGUGUGUCAUCUUUGUAGAUGACAUGAACAUGCCUGCACUGGAACAGUUUGGAGCACAACCUCCUGUGGAGCUUCUUCGACAGUAUAUAGACCAUGGAAACUGGUAUGACCUGAAGGAUACCUCCAGGAUCACUCUUGUCGACCUCCAGCUCAUCUCAGCUAUGGGCCCCCCUGGUGGUGGGAGGAAUGCUGUGACAUCCCGUUUCCUGCGGCACUUCAACAUUUUUAGCAUUAAUGCCUUCAGUGAUGACACCAUGGUUCGCAUCUUCUCCAGCGUGGUUGCCUUCUAUCUCAAAAACAAUGAAUUCCCACCUGAUUAUUUCACUGUUGGCAACCAAAUAGUGACAGCUACAAUGGAAGUGUAUAAGAAAGCCAUGGAGAACCUGCUUCCAACUCCAGCCAAAUCUCACUACACCUUCAACUUGCGGGACUUCUCACGUGUUAUCCAAGGCUGCCUGCUGCUGAAGAAGGAGUCUCUGGAGAACAAACGUACUAUGAUGCGCUUGUUUGUCCACGAGGUCUUCCGUGUCUACUAUGACCGCCUGGUGGAUGACAAAGAUCGAGCAUGGCUCUACCAGCUGAUGAACAGCGUCCUCAAAGAUCACUUCAAAGAGCCCUUUGACCAGGUGUUUGAUCACCUGAAACAAGGCAGUAAACUGGUUGAGGAAGAUCUGCAGAAUCUUCUGUUUGGUGACUACAUGAACCCUGACCUGGAGGAUAAUGAGCGCCUGUACGCAGAGGUGCCCUCAAUGGAAAGCUUUGCUCAGGUGGUGGAGUCGUGUCUUGAUGAAUACAACCAGAUGCACAAGAAUCGCAUGAACCUCGUCAUCUUCCGCUAUGUCCUGGAGCACCUGUCCCGUAUCAGCCGUGUGUUGAAGCAGUCAGGAGGCAAUGCCCUACUAGUGGGAGUGGGAGGCAGCGGACGUCAGUCCAUUACCCGCCUGGCCACAUCCAUGGCCCACAUGAACAUGUUCCAGCCUGAGAUCUCUAAGAGCUAUGGCAUAACUGAGUGGAGAGAUGACCUCAAGAUGCUGCUGAAAAAUGCUGGGGUGAAAGGUCAGAAGACGGUAUUCUUGCUAACUGACGCUCAGAUCAAAGAUGAGUCUUUUCUGGAAGACGUGGACAGUGUCCUGAACACAGGGGAGGUGCCCAAUCUGUUUGCCAUAGACGAGAAGCAAGAGAUCAUGGAGACAGUACGUCCCAUUGCCCAGGCUGGUAAUAAGAAUUUGGAGUUGAGUCCUUUGACUCUGUUUGCGUUCUUUGUGGCACGCUGUAGAGAGAACCUGCACAUUGUUGUGGCCUUCAGUCCUAUUGGAGACGCCUUUCGAAAUCGCCUGCGGCAAUUUCCAUCUCUUAUCAACUGCUGUACUAUUGACUGGUUCCAGCCAUGGCCAGAGGAGGCUCUUGAGCGAGUAGCCAACUCCUUCCUGGAGUCACUGGAGAUGAGUGAAAAUGAGAGGCAGGAGGUCAUACCCAUCUGCAAAACAUUCCAUACCUCUGCCAAACAGCUCUCACAGAGAUUCCUCUCUGAGCUAGGUCGCCAUAAUUAUGUGACACCCACAUCCUACCUGGAGCUAAUUGCAGCUUUCCGUCUGCUACUCACUCAGAAAAGAGACACUGUCAUGAAAGCAAAACAGAGGUAUACUAAUGGUCUGGAUAAACUAGCCUUCGCUGAAUCUCAGGUUGGUGAGAUGAAAAAGGAACUUGUAGAGCUGCAGCCCAAACUGAAACAAGCAAAGAUAGACAACACCAAAAUGAUGAAGGUAAUUGAAGUGGAGUCUGUAGAGGUGGAAGCCAAAAGUAAAGUUGUACGUGUUGAUGAGGAGGCAGCAACUAUAAAAGCCAAUGAGGCUCAGUCUCUGAAGAAUGAGUGUGAAAGUGACUUAGCUGAGGCCAUCCCUGCCCUCGAGGCUGCUCUCUCAGCAUUGAACACUUUGAAGCCCUCAGAUGUCACAAUUGUGAAGUCGAUGAAAAAUCCUCCUUCAGGGGUGAAGCUGGUGAUGUCAGCUGUGUGUGUGAUGAAGGACAUAAAGCCGGAUAAAAUAGCUGACCCUGCUGGGACCGGGAAAAAGGUUUUUGACUACUGGGGUCCAAGCAAGAAACUACUGGGUGAUAUGAAUUUUUUACGAGAUCUUAAAGAAUAUGACAAGGACAAUAUUCCUGUCCCUGUGAUGCAAAAAAUCCGUAGUGAGUACAUGACUAAUCCUGACUUUGACCCCAGUAUAGUGGCAAAGGCCUCCUCUGCAGCAGAAGGCCUGUGCAAGUGGAUCAAAGCAAUGGAGGUGUAUGACAGGGUGGCAAAGGUUGUGGCUCCUAAAAAGGCCAAUCUCGCAGAGGCGCAGGAGUCCCUGGCUGCUACCAUGGCCCUGCUGGACCAGAAGAGAGCUGAGCUAAAGGAGGUCGAGGACCGUUUGGCUGCCCUUCAGAAAACCUUUGAGGAGAAGACAGAGGAGAAGGCCCAGCUGGAGUUCCAGGUGGAUUUGUGUGCCAGGAAGUUGGAGAGAGCUGAGAAACUCAUUGGUGGUCUGGGCGGAGAGAAGACCAGAUGGUCUAAAGCAGCAGAUGACCUACAGAACACGUAUGACAACCUGACUGGAGAUGUUCUCAUCUCCGCUGGUGUCAUCGCCUACUUGGGGGCCUUCACUGCUGGCUUCAGACAGGAUUGUACCAAGUCAUGGACCAAACUCUGCCAAUCUAAGAACAUUCCAUCAUCAGAUGACUUCUCUCUCAGUAAAACCCUGGGAGAUCCCAUUAAAAUCAGGGCUUGGAACAUCGCAGGCCUUCCCAGUGACUCUUUCUCUAUCGACAAUGGUGUCAUUGUCAGUAAUUCACGUAGAUGGCCCUUGAUGAUAGACCCCCAGGGUCAGGCUAACAAGUGGGUGAAGAAUUCAGAGAAAGACAGCAACCUGAGUGUAAUCAAGCUAACAGAUGGGGACUACAUGAGAACUUUGGAAAACUGUAUUCAGUUUGGAACACCCUUGCUGCUGGAAAAUGUAGGAGAGGAGCUGGACCCGUCACUGGAACCACUGCUGCUCAAACAAACCUUCAAACAAGGCGGUGUGGAUUGCAUCAGGCUAGGGGAGAGUGUGAUUGAGUACUCCUACGAUUUCCGUUUCUACAUCACCACUAAGCUGAGGAACCCACACUACCUACCAGAACUGGCCACCAAGGUGUCCCUGCUCAAUUUCAUGAUCACCCCAGAGGGCUUGGAGGACCAGCUGCUGGGGAUUGUGGUUGCUAAGGAGAGGCCAGAGCUGGAAGAGGAGAGAAAUGCACUAAUCCUGCAGUCAGCUGCUAAUAAGAGACAGCUAAAGGAAAUUGAGGACAAGAUCCUGGAGACACUGCAGUCCUCUGAGGGAAAUAUCCUGGAAGAUGAGAGUGCCAUUCAAAUUCUUGACUCCGCAAAGAUCAUGUCCAAUGAGAUUACCAAGAAACAGCAGAUUGCAGAGAAGACAGAGAUCAAGAUAGCAGAGUCUAGAGAGGGUUACAGAGCCAUUGCCAAGCACUCCUCCAUCCUGUUCUUCAGCAUUGCUGAUCUGACCAACAUAGACCCUAUGUACCAGUACUCUCUCAGCUGGUUUGUCAACCUCUACAUUAACUCUAUUCAAGACAGUAACAAGUCCAAGAUCCUGGAGAGGAGGCUUCGAUACCUGAUUGAUCACUUCACCUAUAACCUGUACUGUAACGUCUGUCGCUCUUUGUUUGAGAGGGACAAACUCCUCUUUUCCUUCCUCCUCUGUUGCAAUCUACUCCUAGCAAAAGAGGAGAUUAAAUACUCUGACUUCAUGUUCUUUCUGACCGGAGGAGUGGGCCUGCAGAACACCAUUGCUAACCCUGACCCCAGCUGGCUACAGGACAAGAGCUGGGAUGAGAUCUGUAGAGCCAGUGAACUGCCUGGCUUACAAGGAUUAAAAGAAGCUUUCAUCAAAAGCCCAGGAGACUUCAAGCCUAUUUAUGACAGCAAAGAGCCGUGCAACAUUCCUCUGCCCACUCCAUGGUGUGAACAACUCAAUGAGCUGCAGGAGAUGAUUAUUGUUCGCUGUCUCAGGCCUGAUAAGAUAGUGCAAGCUGUGACUAAAUACGUGACUGGCAAACUGGGGAAGAUAUUUGUCCAGCCCCCUCCCUUUGACCUGAGUAAGAGCUACCUGGACUCCAACUCCACCAUCCCACUCGUGUUUGUGCUGUCCCCAGGAGCUGAUCCAAUGGCUAGCUUACUGAAGUUUGCCAGUGACAAGAACAUGGGCGAUGCCAAGUUCCAGUCGAUCUCUCUGGGGCAGGGCCAGGGACCCAUUGCUGCCAAAAUGAUAUACACAGCCAUGCAGAAUGGGACAUGGGUGUGUUUGCAGAACUGUCACCUGGCUGUUUCCUGGAUGUCAACCCUUGAGAAAAUCUGUGAAGACUUCAGUCCAGCAACAUGCCACCCAGACUUCCGCCUUUGGCUCACAAGCUACCCUUCAUCCAAGUUUCCAGUGACCAUCCUUCAGAAUGGGGUGAAAAUGACAAAUGAGCCUCCUACAGGACUCCGACUCAAUCUGCUACAGUCUUACUUGUCAGAUCCUGUUUCUGAUGCAAACUUCUUCAAUAACUGCCCCAAUAAGGAGCUGAUUUGGGAGAAGCUCCUGUAUGGACUCUGCUUCUUCCAUGCUCUUGUUCAGGAGAGGAAGAAGUUUGGUCCACUUGGCUGGAAUAUUCCCUAUGGAUUCAAUGAGUCUGAUCUACGUAUAAGCAUCAGACAGCUACAGCUGUUUGUGAAUGAAUAUGAUGAGGUGCCCUUCGAGGCCAUAACUUACCUGACCGGUGAGUGUAACUAUGGUGGCCGUGUGACAGACGACUGGGAUAGGCGGCUUCUGAUGACCAUCUUGGCUGACUUCUACAACCAGGACAUCAUUGAGAAACCUCGCUACCCUUUCUCACCUAGCGGCGAAUACUAUGCCCCACCUAAAUCUGUCUAUGAGGACUACAUUGAAUUUAUUAAGGAGCUUCCAUUCAGCCAGCAUCCAGAGGUGUUUGGGAUGCAUGAAAAUGUGGACAUUUCUAAAGAUCUCCAGCAGACGAAGCUGCUGUUUGAUUCACUGCUACUCACCCAGGGUGGAGUAGCUAAGGGAGGGGCUAGCUCCGGGAGUGACAAAGCCCUGUACGACAUAGCGAAUGAUAUCCUUACUAAGCUUCCAAAUAAUUUUGACACAGAAGCAGCUCUCUUGAAGUUCCCAGUGCUCUACGAGGAGAGUAUGAACACUGUGCUCGUCCAAGAGAUGGAGCGCUACAACACGCUGUGUAGUAGGAUCCGUGUGAGUCUACAGAACUUGUUGAAGGCCAUCAAGGGUUUGGUGGUGAUGGAUGCAGAGCUGGAGGCUGUUGCAGGCAGUUUGAUAGUGGGCAAAGUCCCAGAGAAAUGGGCUAAGUGCUCUUACCCUAGUCUGAAGCCUUUGGGAAGCUACAUUACAGACUUUCUCUCAAGGCUCAAGUUUUUGCAGGAUUGGUACAACACCAGUAAACCCAAAGUGUUCUGGCUGUCUGGCUUCUUCUUCACCCAGGCCUUCCUAACUGGGGCUAUGCAGAACUACGCCAGGAAAUACCAUGUCCCCAUUGACCUGCUAGGCUUUGAUUUUGAGGUUCUUCCUAUUGAUGAGUCAGACACAUCUCCUGAGGAUGGUGUUUACAUCAAUGGAUUGUUUCUGGAUGGAGCUCGAUGGGACAAAGAAAGUGGAGUUCUGGCUGAGCAGCACCCCAAAGUCCUAUUUGAUACGGUACCCAUCAUCUGGAUAAAACCCACUCAAAAGAACAUCGAUCAGCCUCAGCAGCUGUUUGUCUGCCCUCUCUACAAGACCAGUGAGAGGAAGGGCACCCUCUCUACCACAGGCCACUCCACCAAUUUUGUCAUUUCUAUCAUGCUGCUCACUAGCAGGCACCCUCAACACUGGAUCAAGCGCGGUGUGGCAAUGCUCUGCCAGCUUGAUGACUGAAAUCACACAACGAACUGUUAAAGAAACAGUUUUUGAUUCUCUGUUUCUUCACAAUGCAAAAUAAAACAUCUGUUUGUGACCA